CUGACUCUCCCCAGCUGUUCCCUUCAGUUCCAUAACCUCUGUGGGUCCCUCGCCGCAGCACUUCGGGUCCUUACGGCCUCGAGCAGCUGAGGGUUAAGGGGGCGGAACCGCUGCAUUUUUGGGGAGUGAGCGCAUCCUAGCGGCUGCCAAGAGGGGCUCCCGGCAGGGACCUCGCGAAACCCCCGAGCUGGGGCAACAGGUGUUUUAGAGAUUAGGGAUUCUGAUCUUGUUCUUUGGACUCUCCCUGAAGAAACAGACCCUCGCGGGUGCUGGGUAGAGUGGGGUCGGCAGGAAAGGAAGACAGGUGAAGUAAAAAGAAAAACUAAGAAAUCAGCGCGGCUGGAGGGGACGAUUUUGUGAAUGGGAUGGGGACACCGGGGGAGGGGCUGGGCCGCUGCUCCCACGCCCUGAUCCGGGGGGUCCCGGAGAGCCUGGCGUCGGGAGAAGGUGCGGGAGCUGGCCUCCCGGCUCUGGACCUGGCCAAAGCUCAGAGGGAGCAUGGGGUGCUGGGAGGUAAACUGAGGCAGCGAUUAGGGCUGCAGCUGUUGGAACUGCCUCCUGAAGAGUCACUGCCGCUGGGACCCCUGCUCGGUGACACCGCCGUGAUCCAAGGGGACACAGCCCUAAUCACGCGGCCCUGGAGCCCCGCCCGCAGGCCGGAGGUUGAUGGAGUCCGAAAAGCCCUCCAGGACCUCGGGCUCCGAAUUGUGGAGAUGGCAGACGAGAACGCAACUCUGGAUGGCACUGAUGUUCUCUUCACUGGCCGGGAGUUUUUCGUAGGCCUCUCCAAAUGGACCAAUCACCGAGGAGCUGAGAUCGUGGCUGACACGUUCCGGGACUUCGCGGUCUCUACCGUGCCAGUCUCGAGCCCCUCCCACCUGCGGGGCCUCUGUGGCAUGGGGGGACCACGCACUGUAGUGGCUGGCAGUAGCGACGCUGCACAAAAGGCGGUCAGGGCAAUGGCAGUGUUGACAGAUCAUCCCUAUGCCUCGCUGACCAUCCCAGAUGAUGCAGCUGCUGACUGUCUCUUUCUGCGUCCAGGAUUGCCUGGUGUGCCCCCUUUCCUCCUGCACCGUGGAGGUGGGGACCUGCCCAACAGCCAGGAGGCAUUGCAGAAGCUCUCUGAUGUCACCCUGGUACCUGUGUCCUGCUCAGAACUGGAGAAGGCAGGUGCUGGGCUCAGCUCCCUCUGCUUGGUGCUCAGCACACGCCCCCACAGCUGAGGCCCUCACCUGGGGGUUACUGGCUUGCCAGGGAUAGGGCAGCAUGUGAGCAGAGGGGAAGAAGGGCUAGGUAGAGGAUGGUGAAUAGGUAAUAGUGGGGAGACAGCCCCAAGAUGGGAGGUGGGCAUAGUGUAGGAAAGAGGAUAGAGCCCACUGGGUGAGUCCUCUUCCCGAAAACUAAUAAAAUAGAACUGACCUUUUAG